AUGCGGGACCCUAAUAUUGAUAUUGAGAGCGACAGCGACGGGACCGGUAAAGCCAUCAGUGGCCCGUUCCCACGUCCGCGCGGAAAUGCGUGUACCGCCUCUAAAUUUGACGGUUCCGUACGGUCAAUAGCCGUAGCUGUCGUCGUAGCGAUCGUUAUUAAGGCGCUACGCCGUCCGCUACGCCGCUACGCAUCGCGCCCAACGCCUGAAAUCCCUUCGGGCGAGGGCCGAAGUUCCCCGAUACCGUGGCCUACUUCCACUCGACCCGGACAAGUGGGCAAGGUCGUUGAACCCGCCACGUGGGGGCGCGCAAGCGCG